AUGAAUAAGGAUAUAUAUGAAAAAGAAAAUAGAAAAAUUAAUGAAGAAAAAAAUAUAAACAUAAUAAAAACAUCAACAGAAAAAGAUGAACAAUAUAUUUCAGAAAAAGAAAGAGAAAUGAAAAAUUUAGAUGUAGAUAAUGAAGAAAAUAUAGAUAGUGAUAAUGAAAAUUCGGAAGGAAAAAGUUUAAAUAAGAAAGAAACAAAAAAAAAAAUAGAUACAAAUGAUAAUAAAAAAUCGAAGGAUUUAAAUAAUAAAAUUUUUUCGGAAAAUAUAUGCAUUAGAAAAACAUAUAAUGAUGUUAAGGAAAAUGUUUUUUUUAAAAAAGAUUUAAAAAAUCCAUUAGAAGAUAAAAAAAUAAAAAAUUUAGAACAUGCAUUUAUUGAAGAAAAAAGUCAUCUUAAAAAGUCUGAACAUUGUAAAAAGAAUUAUACUAAUGGAAAUAUAAAAGAAAAAGACAAAAUAAAUAUAAAUAAAAAUAGUAAGGGAAAAGAAAACGAAGAUAUAAAUAAAGAAAUAAAUAAAAUUAAGUUUAUUAAAAAUAAAAAGAAUAGUGAGUAUAAUAAUAAUUGUGAAAAUUUUGUUAAAAGUAUAAAUAGUGUAAAAAAAAAGGAAAUUCAAUUAAAUAAUGAAUCAUCAUCAGAAGAAGAAAAUUUUUUUGCUAUUGAAAAUUUAAAUGAAAAAAACGAAGGUUUUUUUGUAAAUAAUAGUGGUAUUGAAGACCUAUGUGAUAUGUCAAUCUUUGAAAAUGAAAAUCUGAAUUGUUCUAUUUUUUCAAGAUUUCCUGAUGAUAUAGAUAAAGAGAGUAAAUUUAUGCAAGAUAAAGAAUUAUUAGAAACUAUUGAUAAUGAGGGAAAGGAUGAUUUGGAAAGGAAGAAUAUUAUAAAUGAUGAAAAAGAAUUGAGUUGUAAUAACAAAUCAGAUUAUACAUGCAAAGAACAAAAUAGUUUAAACAAAAAAAAAUCUAUAUUUAUAUUUAACAAUAUUAAAAAUUUGUAUAAUAGUUUUAUUAUGAACAAAAGUAUUGAUAGUGAUAAUUCAUUUUUAAACACACGAAUGAGCAGUGUUAAUAAAAAGAAAGAAUUUUUAUUAAACAUUUUAUCGAACUCUAAUGAAACAAAAACAAAUUUAAAUAAGGAUUAUGAGAAAGUGAAAGAUUUAGAGAAAAACAAGGAAGAAAUAAAACAGAAUGAAAAAAUUAUUCAAAGGAUACUAAAUUUAACUAAUAGCAACAAUAAUAAGUAUAAUAGUAAAAAUAAUUUCAUAUAUGACAAUGAAGAAGAGGAAAAAAAAAAAGAGAAAAAUUGUCAUAUAAAUGAAGUAAUUAAUGAUUCUUAUAUAAAUAAAAGAAAAUAUAGUGGUAUAAAAGGAUAUGAAGAAAUGAAAAAAUAUAAUAACUUUUUUUUUGGUAAUAAAAUAGAAAAAGAUAACUCGGUAAAUAUGAAUUAUAUUUAUGAUAAAUAUAAAAUUUUAUUAUCUGAAAUAAAAUCAGGAGAUUAUUUAAAUUCUAUAGAAAAAAAAUUAAAUAUUAUAGAAAAUUCUUUAUUAUGUACUUCUGAUCUGCAAGAUAAUAAAGAUGAAAAAUUAGAUAUAAAAAAAAAAUUUGCAGAAAUAUUUGAUAAUGCCUUAGAUUGUUUAAUAGACAAUUAUGAAGAAAUAAAAAAAAAAGAUGAUACAGAAAAAUUAAAAAAGGAACAAUUAAAUUUGACAUGUGACUUUAAUUUAUUUUUAAGAUUAUGCAAAAUGAUAUUAAACGAUGAACAAAUUAUACAUGAAAAUAAUCAGAAAAAUAUUUUAUUUUAUAAUAAUAUUUAUAAAACAAAUUAUUUAUUAAAUUGUAACAAAAACAAAGAUAUUUUUUAUAAUAUAUAUGCUAGAAAAUUUGAUUUAUUAUUACUAAGAAAAAAGCAAAAAUCGAGAACAAAAAUAAAUUAUAUAAAAAAAGGAAUAAUAGAAAAAAUUAAUAUAUUAUGGUUUUAUGAAAAAUAUAAUGACAUAAAUUAUUUGCAUUUAUAUAAUUUAAAUAAUAUUAAUAGUAAGGUAAUGACAUUAAUAAUAGAUGCACCUCUUGAGUGUAUAGAUAUCGUAUAUUUGAAUAAAUUUUUUCCAUUAGACACUUUUUAUAAUUCUAUAAAAAAUUAUUAUUUAAUGAUUAUAACUGAAAACUCUUUUUAUUUUUUUAACAUUCAUUUAUAUUUUAAUUGUGAAGAAGAUUUUAAUAUUUCAGUAAAUGAACAGUUAAUAUAUCAAACCAUAUAUCCAUUUUAUUUUAAUUUAUAUUUGUUUUUAUUAUUUAAAUUACCUAAAGAUAUAAAAAAGAAAAUUGAAUUUAUUUGUUCAGAUGAAAAAAAUGAGAGAAUAUUUUUAGCCCAAGAUAAUGGAAUUAUAUAUGAAUUUAUUUACGAAAAAAAAGAAUUAUUCAAACCACUAAAUAUUUUUAAAAAAAUAAUUAUUAAUUCUUUAGAUGCAUUAGUUAGUAGCGUAAAUGAAGCAUUAUUUUCGCAAAAGAAAAGUGUAGUAGAUAUAUCAAAAAACGAAAAUAAUAUAGAAACUAAAAAUAAAAAUAUCUUAAUCCAUCAGUAUAAAAAAGAAGAAAAAACUAAUUUUUUAAGUGAUAGAGAAAUUUUAGAUGAAUAUAACAAAAAUAUUUACUGUGAUGAUUUACAAUUGGUUCCAAUUAAGUAUCAUUUAAAAAAAGUAUUUAAUACUUAUUCAUUAAAAUAUUUCUCUUUUUAUAGAAAUAAAGUAAGAAAAAUAUUAAUUGAUCAUGAUAGAUCUAUACUAUAUGUGUUAUAUGAGAAUAGUGAUAUUUAUGUGAAAUUAUUAUCAAGUAUAAUAGAUAAUAAAAAGAAUUACAUAUCAGAAACUAUUAUAUUUACAAAAAAUGAUUUAAUAAAAGAAUUGAAAAAUAUACAUUUUAUUGAUGAUAAUAAUUUAGUUUAUCAUGAUUGUUUCAAUACUAAUAAUGAUUUUUUUUACAGUAAUAAUAAUAGAAAAUAUUUAUCUCCAUGUAUCAUAAAUAAAAAUUCUUUUAAUAAAUUAAAUAUUAUUGAUAUACAUAUUAACUGUGUACAUGAGAGAAAUAAUAUUUUUUUAAAACUUAUAGAUAAUAAUUUCAAUAUAUAUUAUUUAUCACUUGUGAAAAAUUUAGACAAUAAUAAUUAUAAAUUUGUUUUAAGAGAUUUUCAAAAUUUUCCUCAUAAAAAAGGAUUAAAAAUUGAUGGAAAGGAUUCUCAAGCUGUUUUUACUCUCUACUUAAAAAAUUUUUAUGUUAUUAUUAAAAAAAAAGAUAUAAAAAAAUAUAAGAGUAUAGAUAGUAACAAAUUAAGUAAUAUAAAUAAAAACUUAUUAAGUCAAGAGGAUAUAGAUAUAAUAAAAAAAACAAAAAAAUUUGUUUCCAUAAAAGAUAAUAACGCAAAAAUAAUGAGAAGAAAUACAAAUGAUAUGGAAAAUAUAGAUAAUAAUGAAGUUAAAAAAAAUAAAAAAAAAAUGGAGGAUGAAGAAAAUAUAAAUGAUUAUGACGAAAGUGAUGAAAAUGAUUAUGAAAAUGAUGAAGAUAAUGAUGAUGAUGAAAAUGAUGAAGAUGAUUAUGAUGAAAAUGAUGGAAAAGAUGAAGAUAACCAACUUAAUAAAAAGAAAAAGGAAAACAAAUUUUUUUAUAAAGUACAAUUAUUAACAAAUUCAGAUGAAUUUGUUAACACCAAUAUUUCUAAUUAUAAUAAAAAUAAAUAUGUUUUUAAACAUUUAAAUGAAUAUUACAUAAAUGAAGAAAUAAUUGGUAUAAUUUAUAAAAAAAAAAAUUAUUAUUUCCACGAGUUUUUUGAGAAAUCUCAAAAAGAUCAUAUAAUAAAAGAUUUUUACGUUGAUAAAAUUAAAUAUGAUAACAGAAAUAAUAUGAUAAAUAAAAAUGAGGAUAAUAUGAUGAAUUUAACUUAUGAAAAUAAUUUAAACCAUAUGAACACUACAAAAAAAGAGGAAAACAUCAAUUUUUAUGGUUAUAAUAGAAAUAUAUCUAAUAUAUAUAAUAAAAGGAAUUUAAUUAAUAAUGAUAUAGGUGUUCAUAAAAAUUUUAUAUAUAAAGAUAGUGAAAGGAAUAUUAACAAACAAAAAGGAAAAAUAGAAAGUAUGCCACCAUUUUAUUUAGAUGAGAAUACCAUUAGUGAAUAUCAACAGUAUUAUGAUUUAGUAAUUAUAACAAAAAAACAUAUUUAUUAUAUUACUAAAAAUACAAAAAUUCAGAGAAUAGAAAAAAUGAUAAAUAAUUAUUUAAAUUAUAAUGUAACUUUUGAGAAUAGAAAUAUAAAAAACAUUGUUUUAAGUGAAUUAAAAAUAAAAGAACAUUUAAAAAAUAAUACGGAUGAAUUUUAUAAAAAUAUAAAACAAAAUAUUUUAAAUAAAAAUGAAAGAGCAAAUAUGCCAGUUAAAAUGAAUUAUGAAAAAAAAAAUCAUAUAAUAAAAAAACAAAAUUCUUUUAAUUUGAUGAGAGAAAAAAAUGAUUAUGAAUUAAUAUAUGAAUAUUUUAUAAACCAAAUAAUACAUAUUUCUUCUAAUGAUGAAUUUUUGUUUAUUAUAUGGUGUUUAUUACUAAAUCAUGUUUAUAAAUUUGAAAUAAUGUGUUUUAACAGUAUUCAUAAUAAUAAUCAGAAAUUUAUUAAAAAUAAACCAGAAGAAUCUAGUAAUUUAUCCCCUAAAUUAAAUAAAUUAAUGCAAAAAUCAAAGGAAAAUACUUCUUUUUAUUUCAAUCAAAAAGAAAAUGAUAAAAAAACGCAAUUAGAAAAAAUAUACAUUCAAAAAUUACAAAGAAAAGAAGAUCAAUAUAUGAAAAUAAAAGAAUCAACUAAUCAAAUAGAUUACGAUAUACUAAAUAAAAUAUAUAAACCAACUCCAUUUAAAUUUGGUUUCAUUGAUAAAAGUGCUGAUUAUAUUAUUAAACAGGGAAAGUUGCAAAAAGCAAUGGAAUUAGAAAUCAAGACGAGAAAAAUUAAAGGAAUAAAUCAUUUAUUUAAUGAUAGUAUAGAUGAUAUAGAAAAUGAAAUAAUUAAAAAUAAUAACAAUAAAAACAAAAAUGAUAAUUUACAAGAUAAAUUUAGUGAAAAUAUAUUACUAAAUGAUAUGGAAUCUUGUAAUUUAUUUAAUAUUUAUGAAAAAAAAAGUACAAAAGAAAAAUUUCUAGAUUCAGAAAAAAAUAAAAGUGGUAAUUUUGCAUUUGAAUAUUUAACUAAUAAAAAUUUUGAUAUUAUAUUUUUAAAAAAUGUGAAUUUUUACAACAGUUCAUUAAAUUUAUUAUCAAGGGGUUUGUUAUUAUUACUAAGUCGUUUAUUGAAACCAGUUAUGUUUAUUCAUUUAUUUUCAUGUGAAAAAUAUCAAAAUAAUAAUAUUUUUAAAUGUUCAAAUAAUUACCUUGAAAAAUCUAGAAAAUUUAUGAAAAUAUCUGAAUGUUCAAAAGAUUUAGGAAUAUCUGUUAUCUCAAAAGAUAAAAAUGAAGAAGGUGAAGAAACUUUUUACAAUAUGAAAGAUUAUUGUAUAGUAAGAAUGAAUGAUGAUAUACAAUUAAAAAAGAAAAGAAAAAGAAGUUUUUAUGAAGAUAAUGAAUUGAUAAUAUUAAAUGGGAAUGUACCUUUAGAUUGUUGUUUAAAUUUAAUUGAAAAAUUAAAAUGUCUUAGUUUAUGUGUAAGUAUUGUUUUAACAAACCUAUUAAAAAAGAAAAAUGAUUAUGCAAAUAAAAUUAAAGAAAUGACUGAUAUUUCAAUUAUAAAUAUAUACUAUGAUUAUACAUUAAUAAUGGUAAAUGAGAUAAAUGAAUUUUAUUCCAUUUUAAAUUUUAUAAAUUUUAGCAUAGAAUAUUUACUAAUUUAUUCUAUAAUUAUUAGUGAUUAUUAUAAAAAUAAAAAUAUAAUUAAAAAGAAUGAUAUUAAUAAUAAGCAGAAUUUUUUAUAUUUAUCAAGUACAUUAUUUGAUUUAUUAACAAAAUGUAACUUUAUGAAAACAUAUUUUAGUAAAACUUAUAGAGAUAUAUUAAAACAGUGCUUAUUUAGUAUCAUCAAAUCAGAAAAGUAUAUACCGAUUGAAUUUUUUCAAGGAUAUAUUAUUCAUAAAAACGAAUUUCUUGCUUUAUUUUUAACAAAGAAGAUUGAAGAAGAAAUUUUUUUAAAAAAAAAAAUGAAAAUUAAAGAGAAUUAUGAAUAUUAUAAAAAUGACAAAUAUGAUGAAUUUUUAGCAUCUGAAAGAAGAGCAGAACAUUUUAUAAAUGAAAAUCUAAAAGAUGCCUUAAUAAGUAUUAAUAUAUUCAAAUUAAUUAUUUUAUUAUAUAAAGCUGAUUACUAUAAGUGUGCGAGUACUUUAAUUAGUUUAUAUAUAGACUCCUUUUAUAAAUCAUUAAAUUUUAAAGAUAAAAACAGUGAACAUUUUAUUGAAAAAAAAAAUUUAAAAUCAAUAUAUGAUAAUUUUUUUAACUUAAAAGAAUAUUAUUCAAGUAAAAUUCUUAUAAACAAUAUAGAUGUAGAAUAUGAUUAUGAUUACUUCGUUUUAUAUAGUAGUUGUUUCUUACCAGUAGAGAAAAUUGUCCAUGUGAAUUAUAUGAAAUAUUUAUAUAAAAAUAAUGAAAAAAAAAAAAAAAAAAUUAAAAAGUUUCUUAUUACAUUAUUAGAAUAUUCUAGUGAUAUAAAUUUUCAUUUCUUUAUUUUUAAUUUAGUUUUGUAUAAAUGUAAAAAUGAAUUUCCUUGUUCUAUUUUUGAAUUAAAUAUAUCUCAGUAUUUAUAUUAUUUCAUUAAACUUAAUGAAUUAAAUAUAAGAGAUGCAUUUGUUUAUUAUUUUAGAGAACUAAAAUAUCAAGACAUUGUAAUAUUUUUUGCUAGAAAGGCUUUUUGUCAAUGGAACAUUUCUAUAGAAGAUAAUUUAUUAAGUACUAUUUAUAAAAAUGAAGUAAAAAAAUUGAAAGAAAAUGAAAAUGUAAAAGAAGAAGAAGAAGAAGAAGAAGAAAAAGAAAAAGAUGAAGAAAAGAAAUCAGGAGGAAUUAAAAAGAAAAAAGAAGAACAAAAUGAAAAUAUUAUUAUUGAUAAUAAUAAUAAUAAUAAUAAUGAAUCAAGUUGUGAUAUUUUUUCAUCUAUAAAUAAUCACAUCAGUGAAUAUUUUUUAGAUUUUAAGAGUAUAAAUAAAAAAUCUUUUAUAAAUGAAUUAACAAACAAUAAUUAUAUUUAUGAAAACAACUAUAUAGGGAAUAGUUAUCUACUAUCAAACCCUUUAUAUAACAAUGAAACUAAAAAUAUUUUUUAUAACAUAUAUAAGUAUCUUUUUAAAAUAAUUUCUUUUCCAAGUUUAAAAAAGAGAAUGGAAUAUAUUGAUAAUUGUAUGAAAACAAAGAUUUUUAUAAUUCAAAAGGUGUGUAAUUUUAAAAAUAAAAACUAUCAAAAAAAUAAAUUAUUAAAUGAAUAUAUAGAUUCCUAUAAUGAUGAAACUAAUAAUUAUUUUGUGCAUAAAAAAAAAGGAAAUUUAAAUGAAUUAAAUGAAAGUUUAAAAAAAAAAACUAUUCAUGAAUUACUUAAUAUAAAUUGUGCAUUAGAUAAAGAAGUUUUAAAAAAUUAUUAUAUAGUUGAUAAAACUAAUACAUAUGAUGAAAAAUUUCAUAAAUCUAUAAAAACUUUAUUUAAUAAAAAUAAAUGCUUAUUUAAACUGAAGGAAGAAUAUUUAUCCAAUCAAAAUGCUUACUAUUUAAAUUUAAAAGAAAUUAAGAAAUGUAAAACAUCUUUAAACUAUCAUAAAUUAUUAUUUCAUGAAAUAAUAAAUUUAUUUGUUUUUUAUGUUUAUAAAUUUUGUCAAUGGGAUAUCUUAAAGGAUUAUUUUGAUAUUCUUAUGACAGGAUCAAAGGAAGAAAUUAAAAAAGUUCUUGAACAUUUUGAAAAUAUAAAUAGUGAAGAAAUUGAGGUAAUAAGAAAAUCCUUUUCAAAUAUGUAUGAUUAUCUUUCUAAAAGUAAAUACGAACAUAUAGGUGACGUAAUAACUGAUUAUAAUCAUCAAAUAAAUAACGUUAAUAAUAAAAUAAAUAUAAAAAGAAUAAUAGAUAUAAUAGAUACAUUUAAAGAGUUUCUAAUUAUAAUUCAGAAAAAUAUACAUACAAAGGAAGAUUUAAAAAAUAAAAUAUUUUCUAGAAGCAAAUUUUUAUUUAAAAAUUUUCUUCCAUCUUUUAAUUUAUUAAAAUUAAUAAUAUUAUGUGAUAAAAAAAAAGAUAAAAUAGAUAAAUUAAAUUCUAACUGUUUUUCAACAGUUAAUCAUAUGCUAAAAAAUGAUAUAAAAUGUAGUUCUUUUUAUUUUUCUAAAUAUUCUUUUUGUUUUGAAAGGCUAUUAGAUUUUUCAUUUUCCUUAACCAUAUCUUUUGAAAAUAUAAAUUUUAUAAUUAAUUAUAUUGGAGAUAUACUGAAAUUAUAUGAUAUAAAAUUUAAGAAUUGUUUAUAUUUAUUAGUUGUUAUAAAAAUGCAUAAAUUUAUGAACAAUUUAUUUGAAAUAAAGAAAGUAAGAUCUCUUUUAAAAAACAAGAUAGGAGUAUUAAAGACAAAAAAAAAUGAGAAAAUGAAGUUAAUUUAUCUUUUAAAUUGUAUCCCAUUAAUAUAUCUUGACUCACAAAUGAAUGUAAUUUUAAUUAAUGAAUCAUAUGAAUAUAAAACAAAUCAAGAUAAAAUAAUUUUUUCGAAAUUAUCACCAUUUUCAUUGAUAACUAAAGUUGUUAAUCAGAAAUUGCGAAGUGUGUAUUCUUAUCACGACUAUAUUGAUAAUUAUGAGGAAAGAGAAGAAGAAGAAGAAGAAGAAAAAGAAAAGGAAAACGAAACAGAAUACGAAGAUGACAAAGAAAAUGAUGAAAAAGAGUUGAGAAAAAAAGAGGAAGAAUUAAAAAAAAAAAUAAAGAAUGAUAACAUAGCCAUAGAUAGAAAUGAUAGAAAAUCUUUGUAUUAUUUAUAUAACAUAAAUUACUGCUUUAAUGAAAAUGAAAAUAAUGAAAAUAUAACAAAUAAUCGUGAGUUAAUAGUUUUAAGUUAUAAAAAUUAUUGUUUUUAUAUAGUUUGGAUAUCUAAUCUAUUAUUAAAUCACAAAGUUGAAUAUAAAUCAUUAAUAAAUGUUUACGUUAAGAUUCAUAAUAAUUUAAAACAUCAAAAAUCCUCACAUUUAGAAGAACAUGAAAUAGCUAUAAUUAUUUAUUACUUAUUUACAAUGUGGAUUAAUGGUGAUAAAAAUAAUUGCUCCUUUUUCUUUUAUAAUGAAGAAAAGAGUUAUAAUGAAAAAAAUUAUAUUGGACGUUUUUUAAAAGAUAAGAAUGGAAGAUCUGAGUAUAUUAGUAAUUAUUCAUUAAUUACUUUAUUAAAAGAACUCUUAUCAAGAGCAGAAUUUUAUUUUGAAUAUACAUCUGAUGCUGCUUCAAGAAAUUAUGAUAUUAGCUCUAUUAUGCUAGAUUCAUCAAUUUAUGAUAACGAAAAAAUCAAAAAGUCAUCUGUUGAUAUUUUAAAAAAAUUUUUUGAUGAUAUAUAUAUUACUUUUAAUGAAGUAUUAACAAAAAUUCCAUUUCUAAAUAAUAUUAUAGAAUUUCAAGAUAUUCAUGAUUUUUUAAAAAAAUUUAAAAGAUAUCUUGAAGAAAUUUUUUGUAAAAUUACUAUAAAUGAAAAUAGUUUUAAUUGCUAA